UUUCCCGGAAGAUUAACUGCAAAUACUACUCCAUCUCAUCCAUUAGAAAUUCCUGUUUUUGGGUGCGAUUUAGUUAACGGAGUUGGAUCAAUCUUCGACCAAUGCAAUAUCGAGGACUCGAGCAGAGCAAUUCAAUCGCAUUCAUCAAUUGAGGUCUAAUAGAUGGAGUUUACACAUUGAUCUCCAAGAGCAAGGCAAUGUCGACACAGGAGAGGGAGAUUAACGGAAUGCCAGAAUUUCAUAAAGAUGUUACUGUAAAAUCAGAAGAACAAGUAUCUGACAUGGAUCAUAACAUAGAUGGAUAUCUUAUCAAGGGCAAUGCGGUGUCUGAUAGGGUCCAGGAUCCUGGUUGCGAUGAGACUCAUGACCAGCUUGUACAGAUGGUUAUUGAACUCAAUUUUCAGAAUAUAUACCUGAAGGCUCAUUUUGAAGGCUUGAAGAGUCUGCAGUUGGAUUCUGGUGGGAUCUGUGGGACAAAAAUUGAAACCGAGCAGGAAGGAAGUGUGAAUGAAAAUGUUAAGGAUCUACAUGAAAAGAUAGAAUCUUUGAAUAGAGAACUAUUGGAGCAAAAGCAAGCACAAGAUGCAGCAGAGGAUGCUUUGAAGCAUCUUCGUGCAUCAUACUCCGAGGCAGAUGCUAAAGCCGAAGAACUGUCUGCCAAGCUUGCAGAAGUUGAACAGAAGAUGGACCAAGAAAUAAAAGAGCGUGAUGAGAAGUAUAAUGAACUUGACUCCAAGUUUGGUAGGCUUCAUAAAAGAGCAAAGCAGCGUAUUCAGGAAAUACAGAAGGAAAAGGAUGACCUUGAAGCCCGCCUUAAUGAUGUGAAUGAAAUGGCUGAACGAGCAUCAUCCCAGCAGACAUCAUUGCAGCAAGAGCUAGAACGCACACAGCAACAAGCAAAUGAAGCAUUGCGCACUAUGGAUGUGGAGAAACAACAAUUACGAACUGCAAACAAUAAACUUCGAGAGACCAUUGAUGAAAUACGCCGUUCAUUGGGGGCCAAGGAGAAUGCUCUCGAGGGAUUGCAGCAGUCUCUAUUUGAGAAAGAGCAGAUGUUAGAAGACAUGCGUGGAUUGCUCCAAGCUGCUGAUGAGAAAAGGCAAGCUUCAAUUUCUGAGCUUUCUGUAAAACACCAAAAGCAUUUAGAAAGCUUGGAGGCCCAGCUUGCUGAUGCAUUAGCUGAUCGAAGCAAGGCAGACGAAACAAUUUCUUCUCUGCAAGUGUUAGUUGCUGAGAAGGAGUCUAAGAUUGCGGAGAUAGAGGCUGCUUCAACUGGUGAGGCAGUGCGACUUAGAGCUGCUUUGGAGACGGUGAAAGGAGAGCUUGGUCAGUUGAAACUUGAGCAUGAGAAAGAAAAAGAAAGUUGGGAAGCUGCAAACAAGGCACUGAAAAUGAAGCUGGAGAUGGCUGAAAGUGCCUGUAUACGCUCUGAAAUUGAGGCUGCCAAAAUGAGAAGUCAACUGGAAUUAGAGUUGUCUGUGCAGAACCAGCUCCUAAAUUCAAAAGAUGCUGACCUUGCAGCUGCAAAAGAGGAGAUCUGCCGCCUAGAAAGUGAAUUUUCUUCUUACAAAGUCCGGGCUCAUGCACUUCUACAGAAAAAGGAUGCAGAGCUAGCUGCAGCAAUGGAGUCCGAACUGCUAAAAGAUCAAGAGGAAGCAUUAAAAAAAGCUGAAAAGGAACUAGCAUUGGCAGCUGCAGAAAGGGAUAGGGCACUCCAAGAACUUCAAGAUGUUUUGGCUAAGCAUGAUAAAGAGCUUGCAGCCAGAGAUGCAGCUCUGAGUGAUGCUGAGCAGCGGAUAAGGAGCAUUGAACAAAAGCUUGAUUCUGUUCAUACACAUUACCAGUCACAGAAAGAAGCAUGGGAAAGAAACCUUGAGAAUUUGGAAGAAUCUUGGCGAUUGAAAUGUCAGGCUUUAGAGGCUCAAAUUGAUUCGGCUGCUCGGGAAGAUCUACAUGAUGAAUUAGAAGAUCUUAAGCUACAUUAUCAGAAAUUGAAGGAAGAACACGAUUCAUUUCGUGAUAUUGCCGAUAGAAUGAUCGAGGAGAAGGAUAAGGAGAUCUCUAGACUCUUAAAUGAUAAUAAGAAUCUUCAACGAUCCAAAGAAUUGAGGCCAUCAGUUGAUCACAAUGGAAACCACUACUCAGCUUUUCAAAAGCAGGAUACUCAAAUUUCAAACACUUCUGCAGCAGAACAGCAGAUUCUGCUUCUGGCACGACAACAGGCUCAGAGAGAAGAGGAGUUAUCGCAAUCGCAAAGGCACAUCUUAGCACUUCAGGAGGAAAUUGAGGAGCUUGAACGUGAAAAUCGCCUGCACAGUCAACAGGAAGCCAUGUUGAAGACUGAGCUGAGGAAUAUGGAAAGAAUGCAGAAGAGAGAAGGGGUGGAUAUGACAUAUUUGAAAAAUGUUAUUUUGAAACUUCUUGAAACAGGUGAAGUGGAAGUCUUGCUACCUGUGAUAGGAAUGCUACUUCAGUUUAGCCCUGAAGAGAUCCAGAAGUGCCAACAGGCAUCCCGCUCCUCAACUGAUGUUCCACAAAGCCCUGCAAGUGAUUCUGCAGCAUCUGGUCUCUCCCUUUUCUCGAGAUUCUCAUUGUCAUAGCACACUGUUGGUGGCGAAUUCUUUUCUUGGAGUUGACUAUGACCCAAUGCCAUUCAAGAUACCAGGAUAUCACCACUUACGUAAUGUAAGGAACUCAACUGUGUUUGAGUUGCGACUUAUCUGGAGAAGAACCCGACUGCCCUGUUCAAAUUCCAGUGAGAAGAAUGCUGUAUUUUUGUAACAUUAAGCCAUAUGUAACACAGAUUAAAUAUUGUAAAGAACCAAUAAAGGGAAUCAGAUAUUGUAUUUCAGGCAAUGAGAUGGGAAUACAGUAAACAUGAAAAUCCAUAUUCUUUUCCUCC